GUCAGUCUGGUCUGCCUUCAGAGGAAAUACUGCCUGCAGCUACACUCAACACCAAGCCCUUCACAAGACAGCCUGCCAGCUCACAGGCAACAGCUUCACAACUAUGUCUGGCACCACAACUGGCAAGAAGCUGGAUCUCUCCAAGCUCACAGACAAGGAGGCCAAACAUGUUUGGGAAGUCGUCCAGCGAGAUUUCAAUCUGAGGAAGAAGGAGGAGGACAGACUUGGGGACCUAAAGACCAAGAUUGAAAAAGAAGACAUCAAGAGAGAGUUGUUGGGAAACCAGACCAGCCUGACUGAGUCGCACUGUAUUCGAUGUCUCGAGCCCUUCAAGUUCCUGGUCAACAGCAAGCGUCAGUGUCUGGACUGCCAGCUCUACAUCUGCAAGUCCUGCAGUCUCUACAACAAGAAGGAGCAUGGCUGGGUGUGCGACCCCUGUCGAAUGGCCAGGGUCCUCAAGAUCGGUACUUUGGAGUGGUACCAUGAAAACGUCCGUGCCCGCUUCAAGCGCUUCGGCAGUGCCAAGGUGAUGCGAUCGCUCUUCAAGAGGUUGAGCGGGGACCACGGUGGCUCUCAGAAUGACCUUGAAGACCCACAUGGAUAUGAUACACAAAGCAUACCUGAGGUCCACACAGAUGGAUAUGAGGAGCAGAGUAUGGACGCAACAGAAUCGCAACACUACAAGGGAAUGAAAAAGGCCAAAAGGCGGCUAACGGUCGAUCCCUUUGAUUUUGAACUGGGCCUUGACUGCUUCAUCGAAUCCAGAGGACGGCCUGAUCAGGCCCCAGUCCUCCGAGACGUCACGGACAUGGAUGUAGGUGAGAGGGAGUCGAUGCUUGCAGAGGCUGAUAUGGCCUCUGUUUUCCACCAGAUUUUUAAGGAACAACACAAAGGUCUGGAGCUGAGAAUGGCUCCACAGCAAGAUGACCUCACAUAUGCAGACAACCAAACUAUUCCAUCUCGCUCCAUCUCCCGGCUAAGCUACUCCUCGUGUGGCAGUAGCAGUGCUUGGGGCCCCCAAGGCAGCAGCUACCUGCCCGGCCCUGAUGACUCAGAGGAGGAUGACCACUGCCAGCUCUACCCUCUCUACCAGUCUCAUCUGGGCCCCUGUAGCCACACCUCCCAGGAGAGCCUGAACGCACCAAACCCUCCACCACAGAUCACUGACCUGAACAGACGCGUGUCAGCCAUCGAGAACCUCUUAAACCACUUAGAGCAGAAGGUCACAUCAACAUACGACGAGACAAACGAGGCUUCUCCGACUCCAAACUGCACCUCUCCUCUUCCUCAGUGUGAGGAAGUGGACUUAGAGGAGCAGCAGCUGAGACAGAAGCUGCACGAGAUGACGGACAACAUUAGUGACCACAGCCUAACCUCUGAUGAGGACGAGCCCAGCAGGCCACACUCAGUCCAAGAGAUCCCAGCAUGGAGGAGCCCAAAGGAGGAUGUCAAACCCACCAGGAUACCUACCAGACCCCCAUCCAGAACCAGCAUCAUUCUCUGCAGACUGGAGGAAGAGCAGCCUCAGCUCACGGACUCUCAGAAGAUAAACCGCUCUACAGAGAGCCUGGAGUCGAAGUGGCACCCCCUAGAGGACGGGUCAAAGACAAGCUUCAAAGGCUCAACAGCCUUACUGGUAGAGCUGGAGGACAAGGUAGCUCAAGCAGCUGCCAACGUCCAGAACUCCCAGAGUGAGGUGUCUUACAUAGAGAACAGGAUUGCUGCCCUGAACGCUGCCGGCAUGCCCGUGGAUAAAAGAAGAAGGUCUGCAAUCCCGAUCCAAGCAAGACGAUCUUCCCACCACUUUCCCACAAACCAGGUGGACAGAUUUGUGAGGAACUCCCUCUACACGGGCUCCCUGACACAGAGGAACCCAGUGGCUAAGCCCAAACACAAGGCUACCUGUGCGAAACCAGUAAUGACGCAGGGAUCAUAAGGAGGAGGCUGAGCAUCGUCUGACCAUUUUUGUUAUUACAGUUUGUAAGAAGCUGAAAUUCAGCUGGAACGAAAUAGAUUCCAAUUUAAAUUUCAGAGGUUUGUCGCCUGGAAUGGGAGUGUUUAUACGUAUAUUUAACAUUUGUCCUUAUGAUACUGUUGUGGUAUUAUAUUGUGAUAGAUCCAUAACAUAUUUAUAGUUUACUGUGUGUUUGAGUUACACAUGAUAUGCACUAACUUUGCUAGAUCUGCAUCUUAGAGUGUACUUGCAUACUUUAACAUGCAAGUUAAUGCAUUCACAUUUGCUGUUUUCAUUUUAAAAAAUCUAGUAAUAUAUCCCAAUGUUCACAUGGUACAAAUGAAAACAAGAAACAAAAUCAAAAUGUUGGCUACUAUCACUAGAAUAAAGUUAUCAUGAUAUAGCAAAUACAGUAAUUCUAAGGUAAUAGGACGGAGAAUAUGAAUAAAUAUAGACCUUGAUGCACAUUCCUUGUGUAUAUCUUGACACAAUAUCCAAAAGGAAUUUAUAGUAAUCUUUUCUUUUCUCUAUACAGUAUAUUUAUGCUAAUUGGCACUUAAAGGAUAUUUUACUACUUAUACAUAAUCAAUAGUUGUAUAUCACCUUGCAUCCUAUCUAUAAGGCGGUGAAGCUGUAUAGUGAAAUAGUAUUUGAAAAUACUUUUUAGCAUGUUGUCCCCUCUCUCUCCCCUUUUCCUGUCUAUCUUCGGCUGUGCUAUCCAAUUAAGGCAAAAAUAUAUAUAAUAUUUAAGAAAAAAAGAAUGCUCCUAAUAUUGAGACUUAUACUGGCAAUAUACAUUAUACCAUUUACUGUAGUCAUUCUGAAUAUUGCGCAAUAACAAAAUGCAGUCAUGACCGAAAGAAUGAGAUCGCGGGUACAAGCGGCCAAAAUGGGUUUUCUCAGACGGGUGGCUGGCGUCUCCCUUAGAGACAGGGUGAGAAGCUCAGCC